UUUUUUUUUUCUUCUCAUAUACACAUACUACUUUGACUUCAAAGCUUGUAUUCUUUCCGUUUUUGUUGUCUAUCUAUUCACUACUUUGAUUAUGUUCGUUUACAAAAGAGAUGGCCGCAAGGAAAGAGUGUUAUUUGACAAGAUCACCUCUCGUAUUAACAAGUUAUGCGAUGGUUUGAAUGAACAAUACGUAGUACCUCCUCAAAUCGCCCAAAAGGUUGUCACUGGUAUGUACCAAGGUAUCACCACCGUGGAAUUGGAUAAUCUUGCUGCCGAAACUGCUGCGUAUAUGACAACUACUCACCCUGAUUAUGCCAUUCUUGCUGCUCGUAUUGCUGUCUCCAAUCUUCAUAAGGAAACAGAUACGGAUUUCAGUGCUGUGGUGGAAAAAUUGUACAAUCAUGAACAUCCCAAACUCAAAGUACACAAUCCUUUGGUAUCCAAGGAAUUGUAUGAUAUCGUUAUGGCAAACAAGGAUCGGAUCGAUAAUGCUAUUGAUUAUUCCCGGGAUUAUGACUUUAACUUUUUUGGCUUCAAGACUUUGGAACGAAGUUAUUUAUCUAAGAUUGAUAAUCGUAUUGUGGAACGUCCUCAACAUAUGAUCAUGCGUGUUGCCCUUGGUAUUCAUGGUGAAGACAUUGACGCAGCUAUUCAAACCUAUGAUCUUAUGUCUCUCAAGUACUUUACUCAUGCUACUCCUACUUUAUUCAACGCUGGUACUCCUCGUCCUCAAUUAUCUAGCUGCUAUUUGGUCAACAUGCAAGAUGAUAGUAUUGAAGGUAUUUAUGAUACUCUAAUGACUUGUGCCAAGAUUUCUAAAUCAGCAGGUGGCGUUGGUGUUGGUUUUCAAAAAAUCCGUGGUUCUGGUUCUUAUAUUGCUGGUACAAAUGGUACAUCCAAUGGUAUUGUUCCCAUGCUCCGCGUUUACAAUGAUACUGCUCGAUUCGUGACUCAAGGUGGAGGCAAACGCAAUGGUAGUUUUGCUAUGUAUUUGGAACCUUGGCAUGUAGAUAUUUUGGACUUUUUGGAUUUACGUAAAAACUCUGGCAAAGAAGAAUUACGAGCUCGUGAUUUGUUCCUUGGUCUCUGGGUUUGUGAUCUUUUUAUGAAACGUGUAGAAGCCAACGAACAAUGGUCUCUCUUUUGUCCUAAUGAAGCUUAUGGGUUGGAUCAAGUUUAUGGUAACGAAUUUGAACAAUUGUAUCUUAAAUAUGAACGUGAAGGUCGGGCUAGACGUACUAUUGAAGCUCAAAAACUUUGGUUUGCUAUUAUGGAUUCUCAAAUUGAAACUGGUAUGCCAUAUAUGCUUUACAAAGAUGCCUGCAAUGAAAAAUCAAAUCAAAAGAACUUGGGAACUAUUACUUGCUCCAAUUUAUGCACAGAAAUCAUCGAAUAUUCUUCACCUGAUGAAGUGGCCGUUUGCAACUUGGCAUCUGUAGCAUUACCGAAAUAUGUGAAUACAACCACCAAGACAUUCGACUUUGAAAAACUUCGUGAAGUAGUCAAGGUAGUAGCUACUAAUUUGAACAAGGUGAUUGAUGUGAAUUAUUAUCCUGUGGAACAAGCCCGACGAAGCAAUAUGCGCCAUCGUCCCGUUGGUCUUGGUGUACAAGGUCUUGCCGAUGCUUUCCUAUUACUUCGUUUGCCAUUUGAUUCUCCUGAAGCUCGUCAAUUGAACAAGGAUAUCUUUGAAACCAUCUAUUUUGCUGCCUUGGAAGCUUCUUGUGAAUUGGCUGAAAAGUAUGGAUCCUAUGAAACUUAUCAAGGUUCACCCAUGAGCAAAGGUAUCUUACAACAUGAUAUGUGGAAUGUUCAAGGAUCGGAUCGUUGGGAUUGGGAUGGUUUACGUGCCAAGAUCGCCAAACAUGGUGUACGAAACUCUUUAUUGGUAGCGCCUAUGCCUACUGCAAGUACAAGUCAAAUCCUUGGCAAUAAUGAAUGUUUUGAACCUUAUACAAGUAACAUUUAUACGCGUCGAGUUUUAAGUGGUGAAUUCCAAGUGGUGAAUCAUCAUUUACUUAACGAUUUGAUUGAACGUGGAUUAUGGAACGAACAAACUAAGAAUAUGAUUAUUGCUCAAAAUGGUAGUGUGCAAAACGUCCCAUCCAUUCCUGAUGAUUUGAAAGCAUUAUACAAGACUGUAUGGGAAAUAUCUCAACGGGUUAUUAUUGAUAUGGCUGCAGAUCGUGGAGCAUUUAUUGAUCAAUCACAAUCCAUGAACUUGUUUACUGGUGAACCUACUUAUGGCAAAUUAACUUCGAUGCAUUUCUAUGCCUGGAAAAAGGGAUUGAAGACAGGAAUGUAUUAUUUGCGAUCUCGACCUGCGGUGGAUGCUAUCAAGUUUACUGUGGAUCAGCUGGCUCUGAAGACUUUGUCCGUUGAAGAACGUGAAACUGAAGAAGAAAAAUUAGCCGCUUUACAAUGCUCUAUCGAUAAUAGAGACGCCUGUCUUAUGUGUAGUGGAUAAAAAAAAAAAAACUUUUAUGCUCACCUUCCCCCCGCUCCUAUAUAUAUACAUAUAUAUAUAUAUCCUUUUUUCUUUUUUAACAUCAUCUUUCAUUGACUUUCCCCCUUCCGCAUGCAUAC